AAUACUGGGCGGGAAAACUAGAGUGCACUAUUACUAGCUUAUUUAUUUGGUCAGACCUACUACUGCUCUGUUUUUAGACAGAUUAAGUUCGCUUAUCUGCGCAGAAAAUGAGUAAGACUGCUCAGUGAGUAAAUCUUUUUCUGUUGAAGGUUAACGGGGUAGAAAAGCUGCCACUGCUGGGUGGUGUGAGGUGAAGAAGAAACAUGAAGAGCAGUAAGAGUAAGACAUGUAAAGCUCUCUCCUCAGAGCAGGAGUGUGGAGUUUGGCUGGACGCUGAUGAACUAAGGGCGAAGAAACAGAGAAAACUGGCACGACCGAUAUCUAAACUCCUGAAUCCACUGGCUCGGUCCGGAGGCUACAGCGUGGCAGUGGCUCUGAAUUUUACCCAAACCAAGAUGGAAAUGCCUGUGACGAAACAGAGCACCAUCUCCUCAUUCUUUCUUCCACAGAGUAAAAAGGGAAAAGAUGCAGAUGACCGCAGCUCUUCAUGACCAUCAGGAACGACUUCUACUCCCCUUCCUCAGUGGUGUAUAAAUUUGAGUAAAAAUCCACAGGAAUUUUGUGCAUUCCAUUUGGUCAGAGGUGUCUCGAUCAUUACAAUCCUUUAAACAGUACAUCAAUUUCUCUUGUCCUUCCGUAUGCUCCAGGUUAAAAAAGAAAGAAGUGGAAGCAUCUAUGUCCUUCAUUGUUAAGAACCAACUUCUUACAAGAGCUUGUUCCACUCAUUCUUUUAGAAUCGAGCUGAGCAAGUUAGAUCUUUGAGGUUUACAGAGUCCUUUUUAUUGAUACUUUGUUCUAUGCCAAUAAUUUCUCUUUCAAGACAUUCCAAUGACUUUUUUUAUACAGAACAUAGAAUAUGAUGAAAUUGCUGACAGAAAUGUCUUAUUUGUACCUUCCCUGUUUCCCACCAUUGAAUGUAGUUUUCAUAAUAAUUC